GCCUCCAAGAAAACCUGAGGCCGGGCUGACUUGGUCCUCAAUCGUAAUAAGGCGAGGAGUCGAGAGGCAGUGUCCAUCCGAGGAGGAAGGAGCAGCUAGCCAGCCUGUAGUGUUGCCCGUGUGAGAAGGCCGACCAUCGCCGCAGACAUGCCGUUCAAGGCUCCAACCAACCCAAAAUGCCCCAAGUGCGAGAAGUCUGUAUACCACGCCGAGGCUCGGGUGGUGGGCGACGUGUCCUUCCACAAGGAAUGCUACAAGUGCAGUAUGUGCAAUAAGAUGUUGGACUCGACCAACUGUAACAUGCACGAGAAUGUGCUAUACUGCAAGACCUGCCACGGCCGCAAGUUUGGUCCCAAGGGCUACGGCUUCGGCGGUGGCGCUGCUGGCCUUAGCAUGGAUACCGGCUCACACCUCGAGAGGAACGACUAUGUGAAGCCGUACAAGGCCCCCCAAGCAAACCCCGGUGAGGGCUGCCCACGCUGCGGCGGCAAGGUCUUCGCUGCAGAGGAAAUGCUGGCUAAGGGCAAGAGCUAUCACAGGACCUGCUUCAAUUGUAAGGCGUGUCGCAAGCCUCUCGACUCCGUGGUUCACUGCGGGCCCGACAAGGAAGUCUACUGCAAAGUAUGUUAUGGGAAGAAGUUCGGGCCCAAAGGUUACGGCUUUGGGUCCGGGGCUGGCACUCUCACCUGCGGCACCGAAGAGAACGCCCCCUUGGUACGGCCUCACGGUAAUCCUGACGCCAUCUUGCCGGUGCUGGAGGGCGAGACUCCCUGCCCAAGGUGUGGUGGUCGAGUCUUCAGCGCCGAGAUGAUGAUGGCCAAGAACAAGCCAUUCCACAGGAAGUGCUUCAAGUGUCGGGUAUGCAAGCGGCCCCUGGAUUCAAUGAUUCACUGCGAUGGCGCCGAUGGGGACGUCUACUGCAAGCUCUGCUACGCCAAGAAGUACGGUCCCAAGGGGUACGGCUUCGCUGCUGGAGGUGGUGGCGUGUUGACUGCUGAGAACAUCCCAGGCGGGGAGGCGAUGCCUGGCGUGAACCCUGGCUCUGCCGUGUUGGACGUGAGCAAGAUCAAGGCGGUGGAGGGUGAGGGCUGUCCUAGGUGCGGUGGCAAGGUCUUUAUGGCUGAGGAGAUCAACGUCCGUAACAGGGCAUUCCACAAGGCUUGUUACAACUGUUCUCACUGCCACCGCCCCCUAGACUCCAUGACGGGUUGCGACUCUCCUGACGGAGAAGUUUACUGCAAGCUUUGCUACGCCAAGAAGUACGGACCUAAGGGCUACGGCUUCGCUGCUGGUGGUGGUGGCGUGUUGACCGCUGAGAACAUCUCUGGUGGCCAGGACAAGAACAUGGCCAAGCAAGCUGACGUUGUUCGGAUGGACGUGAGCAAGAUCAAGGCUGAGGAGGGUAAGGGUUGCCCCAGGUGCGGCGGCAAGGUCUUCAUGGCUGAGGAGAGGCACGCCAGGGGCCGCAGCUGGCACAAGAGCUGCUACAGUUGCUGCCACUGCCACCGUCCUCUCGACUCCAUGGUGGGCUGUGACGCUCCUGACGGCGAGGUCUACUGUAAGCUCUGCUACGCCAAGAAGUACGGACCCAAGGGCUACGGCUUCGCGGCCGGCAGCGGCGGUGUCCUCGUGGCUGAGAACAUUCCGGGUGGAGCCUCACAGAUGACUGGCAUCAACCCUGCCUCAGGAGCCAUCGACACCACCUCCAUCCCCGCUGCCCCCGGGGAGGGCUGCCUUCGCUGUGGCGGCAAGGUCUUCUCUGCCGAAGAAAGACUGUCGCGCGGAAAGAAAUGGCACAAGCGGUGUUACACCUGCCGCGAGUGUUACCGGCCCCUCGACUCCAUGGUGCUGUGUGACGCCCCUGACGGUGACAUCUACUGUAAGCUCUGCUACGCCAAGAAAUACGGACCUAAGGGCUACGGCUUCGCUGCUGGUGCUGGCGGUGUCCUCGUGCCAGAAAACAUUUCAGGGGAGGACGCAUUUACUCACUUGAGUAGUGAAGGCCAACUGGUGACGAGUGCCGCCUUCACCGUGCUCGACGUUACCAAGAUCGCAGCCAAGGAGGGUCAGGCCCGCUGUCCACGUUGCGCCGGAGCCGUCUUUCAGGCCGAGUCCAUGCCCUGCCGAGGAAAGGAAUGGCACAAAAGCUGCUACAACUGCUGCGAGUGCCACCGUCCCCUGGACUCCAUGCUCUCGUGCGACGCCCCCGACGGUGAGAUCUAUUGCAAGCUGUGCUACGCCAAGCGCCACGGACCUAAGGGCUACGGCUACGGCCACGUCCCUGCCCUCGUCUCCAUUGGCACUGAGGACGGGGCUCCCAUGCCCACCGACAUCCGACAGUUUGGGUUUGGAGCACGCCCCACCAAGGACUGGGCACCCCCAAUAGGCAGCGUGCGCCCCGCCCCAACACCCAGCAGGAGCGCCCCCUGGAGGACAGGCGGGGGAGGAAUGCCCACCCCCCUGGCAAGUGGCGUCCCUAACCAGCAGGUACAGCUAACUAUUUCCCCACCUCAGCCAGUGCCCAUCGGUACUACUGUACCAGUACCCCGCGGCUUUGAAUCGUCGCAGAAGCACUGGGGUCUUGGCCAAGUACAGGCUCAGGGCAGUAGUCAGCAGGUGACCAUGCACAGCUCUUCUCAGAAGGUGAUCGUGCAGAGCUCCUCGCAAGUGGCGGUGCAGAACAGCUCUCAGCAGAUCAGCAGCUCUGAGAUGACCACCCAGCAUGGCGUGAGUCAGGGUGAAGUCACAACUGUCGUCACCGGCACUCGAGUUGGUCCUGAUGGCCGACCCGUUCAGGUCAUCUCCGGAGUAUCGCAAGGUCCUGAUGAAGAAGAAGAGGAGGAAGAGGAAGAAGAGGAAGAGGAGGAGGAGGAGGAGGAGGAAGAAGAAGAUGAAGAGGAGGAAGGCGUGGCCGACAUGUAAACAAAGUGCGACGCGAGAUCCUAGGUUGAAGACAGACGGCGACGACCAACCUGCGGGAGGCUACACCAGCAACACCCCCCUCAGCCCACGCACCGCUUCACACAGCCUACGCUUGGACACGUUUAACGCCUUUUGCUCAAAUGAUUGGUUUUUCUUAUCUCGCUAGUGAAUCUUGAUGUUUUAAAUUUGUUUUAAUUGGUGUGGAUAGCGCAGUUUUUGUGCCUCCUAUUGCAUUAGUUACUCUGUACACUUAGUGCUCGAUAAACAAUCCUAUCCUUUAAAAAAUAAAUACGCUGCAAUCCUUAUUUCAAUGACAGCUUUAGAAGCAAUAUUGAGUGUACGCUUCCCCCAAAAGAGCUUGGAGAUCAAAGGCACAAAAAGCCAAUUUGUUGAUCAUCAAACUUGCAGCUCAUUGGGGCCAGUUUUAAAUUAGUAGAUCACCCAAAUGGCUGUACAUAGAUUAGAAUAUAACAAUUAAAAAAAAAAUGCACUGAGUUCCUUGAGAGAAUGUGAGAGGAAUUCAAGUUAAGACCCAGAAUCAGUGAAGCUCUUCCCACAACAGACAACAGACACAUACCACCAAUCCCUGCCUCUGAGGAUGGAUCCUCCUUAUUUCCGAAUCGAAUUCUCAUUUUCUUUCCGAGUCGUUGUAAUUGUUAAGUGAGUAUCACGUUGUAUCCCUCGUGAAGAGCGCUUCCUGACCCACAGUAAGAGGGAUAAGAUGAUGUCGAACGAACGAACGACGCCGUGAGAAAGGCCCCCGUGUUGUCGACGUCGGGUCCCAGUGCUGGAUCACUGCUGAGCUGCGGCCCGCGCCGCCACGGGGGCCCUUCAGCUUGCUGCCAUGUUUAGUGCUUCCCUAGUUGCCACCACCACUAUCUUCUUCAUUAUAUCAUUAAGCUGGAUUAAAACACAUUCUACUUAUAUAGAUAAAAUAGCAAAGAGUGUCUUUUAGUUAUUUAUACGUUGGUGAAUCGUCUUAGAAUCUGGUCCAGAGCAAACAUGGCACGGGGUUGUAAGAAGUUGGGAGACGCGAAGUGCGAUUAUCUUAAUAUUCAGUGAUUUCACAAAUAUUCAGAUGGAAAUUGUUAAGUCAAAAUACGAAGUUCUCGCCUCUGAGGAUAUAUUCACACAAUGCUGAUGUAUAGUUUAAGCAUAGUAGCUGGUACAUCUUAUCAACACACUCAACUGUAAUUCGUGACAAACAGACAAUCAGACGUCAAAAUAUUUUUAUCAAACGGUGGUAAAUAAUCAUAAGUACGAUCAACCCAAUAGCUCUUGAGUUAUGGGUGUCGAUCUUAGUGAUACAGGAACCUAACUGUAUAAAUGAAGCGAAUUACUGGAACAAUAUUUCUGGUCUUCGUUUCGUAACAACACUGUGACGACAGUUCCUCACAACCAUUUAUAUGUAUAUAUAUAUAUAUAUAUAUAUAUAUAUAUAUAUAUAUAUAUAUAUAUAUAUAUAUAUAUAUAUAUAUAUAUAUAUAUAUAUAUAUAUAUAUAUAUAUAUAUAUAUAUAUAUAUAUAAAAAUAUAUAUAUAAAUAUAUAUAUAUAUAUAUAUAUUUAUUUAUUUAUUUUAUCAGAUAAAAACCUAGAGGAAACUUGCUUAGUGCCAGUUAGUGUAGGCAGAAGCUCCUAGUAGAUGCCACAAGCGAGCUAAACCCCUCCGAGAUAUGCAUCACCGCCCUCCGACACUGCGAGAGGUGCCGCAGGGCGUGUGUCGGGGACCUCAAUGGAGAUAUGACAAUAAGGCCCAACAAGUGCGUUUAUUUUAGCAUUCAUUUUUUUUUUGGUAAUGAAUGAGUUUUUGAGAAGUACAGUGCGGUCUUCACUGUUGCCAGAUAUAAACUAGAUUUUAAUUAACAGGUCCAAAGAUAAAUUAUAUUUAUCAUUGCCCUGAUUAUAUAUUAUUUAAGGCAGAGGUUGUGUGCCCCCGACUACACGAGGGGACAAGCGUUAACACGGUGGGACACAAUCUCUCUUAUCGUGUUCAAUCCUCCAAUUUUUAUCAUUACUGUUUUUUUCUUUGCCUCGUACAAGAGCCUCAAAUACAGUUUUCUCUGAUUUUCCUUAUAAGUAUAAUAAGACUGUGGAUCUUGUAUGAAGCACCAGCUCCGAGAAGUCCUCUCCUCCUUGUGUUGACCGAUUCACUGUUUCACUGCUUUGGCCUACGUCUCGAAUCAGUGAUCCCCCCCCCCCCCAAAAAAAAAGAAGAAAGCUUAUCAUACGACUGAUCACAUAACCAGUCAAAGCCAGUGAACAAUUAGACUUUCCCUGACUUAUGGCGGAAUGAAACAAACGCAGCCGACCAAAGGACCAGAUGGACGGAGGUCACCAAGAGCCUCCUCAUGUCAUUUUGGCUCGGAGGUUCGGACUUCUCAGGUUCUAGAGAAUAAUAAUAAUAAAGAAUAAGGUCAUUAUUAUCAUUCUUGUCAUUAAGACUAUUACUUGUAGUUUUAAUCGAGGUCAACUGGUCACUUAAGACUUUGAAACACUGUUUUUUGAUGAGCCUAGUCCGUUGUUAUGUGGUGGUGUUUAUGUUAGACUAGAAACUAUUUCUUUGGAGCAGAUGAAAAAAAAAACACUGUUAGCGACACUACACGCUUGUAUCUUGUAUCUCACACUCUGCAUUUGUUUUAAUUAAAUAUUAAAUGUUUUCUCACUC